AUGUUGCUGUUUCAGAAAAAACUGAGCCAGUUUGGCUGUUCACAAGCUGGUAAAAACAAAUGGGUGGAAAUGGGAAAGGAAGUGUCUAGGAAGGUUCAACAUGUUGAAGAAGUUGCUUUUACAAACAGAGGAGGGACUGGUUUGUACCAUUCUUAUUUCAAAAACAACAAUGAACUUGACAAAGAAAGUCUCAAUUCUCUCAAAGCCAGAAAACUCAUAGCACCACAAUAA